AUGAAUCUUUCGAUAUUCAUAAGUUUGACAGUUUUUUCUUCAAUAGUUAGCUGCCUGUUUUCUGCAGGGGCAGGAUGUACACCAGUUAUUAUUGCCAAAGGUUUGAGAGUUGACUAUUAUGAUAAUGUCAAGUUCAAUGCUGUACCAUUCGGUAGUUCUUCAGUUUCCGAUGUCGUAAAUUAUCUUGGAGUUAUUGCGGGUAUGAAAGUUUCCGCAACUAAAUAUGGGAUCACCAAUAUUAACUUCAACGUUCAGAACAUUCCUACCGACGGUGAUAACUACCGUAAUUUGUAUGGUAGAAGGACUAACUAUCGUAAGUUUGGAUUGAGAUUAUCUGGAUACUUUUAUGCUCCUCAAAAUGGUAAGUAUACUUUUGCUAUUGAUAACAUCGAUGAUCUGGCCGUAGUUAAAAUAGGAUCAACCGCAGGUGGAUGCUGUGGAACACCUUCCACCACAGCAAAAAAUUAUCAAUUGCUCAACUAUGGGACCAUUAAUCAAGAUCAAAGUAAGCAAAGAAAACUGGACUCCACUACUUUAAAGAAGGGCAAGUACUAUCCUAUUGAGAUUAUUUAUUACAACCAAGCUCCAAAUGGAGCUGUUUUAGAAUUAGAUGUUACAUAUCCUGACGGAAAGAAAAAAUCACCAGGUUUUUUCUAUCAGUUGAGUAACAAACCACGUCAAUGUAUUACCACAACGAUCAGAAGUGUUUCCUAUUGGACAAACUCGUACACUUCAACACACACGUACACUCCUACCAAAGGUGGAAAUGCUACAAUUGUCGUCGACAAACCACCCCUUGAAACUACAAUUUCUUGGUCUGAGAGUUUUACUUCUACCUACACUACUACUCCAGUAUCAGGUGGACCUCCAUUGAUUGUGGUUGAGACUCCUGUUUUUCCAACUUUAAACCCUCACUGGCAAAACACCACCCAAACAACAACAUCGAUGACUACCACAAUGACUACUGUGCCUUGUGAUGACUGCGAACAAGGAUUCACGACUUCAGUUUUCAAUCCUUCUCAAGUUAUUUUACCACCGGGUUUCUUCACUGUGACCUCCACAAUGAUAACAAAUGUGCCAUGUAAAGAGUGUGAGGAUGGUGAAAGUAUUUCCACCAUCAUCACCACCGCAAUUGUUUCAGCUGAAACAGAUUCAGGCUUGGACUCAGGCUCAGGCUCGGACGUAGACUCAAUACCUGAUUCGAAUGUCGUUUCGAGUGGGGAUACUUCCCCAAACCUAGACUCCAAUGCAAAUACUGACUCAGGAUCAAAUUCGCCUGGUUAUAGUAACUCAGGGGAAUUUACAACCAAAUUCGGAAUUCCAUUGACAGCAUCUGCAUUUGAAGGUGGUGCCUCCAUGAAAGCGAUAUCUUCGACUUUCCUUUUGAUUUUUUCAUUCUUGUUUAUGGUUUGA